GGGUAGUGUUGGUCAUUGUUACCAAACAGUUUUGGGGAAAGAACGCAUAGGACUUAGCAUAAAUAUAUAAAUAAUUAUAAAUAAAAGCCACAAAGAAGAUUAAAACACUAAAAUACAGUCGAAAAAAACGAUAUAAUGGCAACAAGCGGAAUGCACGGAACCGCUAACGGGGCGGAUCAAAACGUGGAGUUAUGGAGGAUGAGGAGGCUGAUUCAGAGGCUUGAUGCCGCCCGGGGGAACGGUACGAGCAUGAUUUCGUUGGUCGUUCCGGCUGGCGGUCAGGUGGUGCGGGCUACCCGGCUGCUGGAGGAGGAAGUGGGCACAGCUGCCUGCAUCAAGAGCCAGGUGAACCGUCUCUCCGUGGAGGCCGCCAUCGCCUCCGUCAGACAAAGGCUCAAACUUUACUCCAAGGUUCCUGCGAACGGACUGGUGAUCUACUGCGGGUCGGUGCUGACAGAUGGCCGAAAAUCAAAAAAGGUGACCAUCGACUUUGAGCCCUGCAGGCCCCUCAAUAAGUUCAUGUACCUCUGUGACAGCAAGUUUCACACUGAGCCUCUGAAGUCACUACUGGAGGAUGACGUCACGUACGGUUUUAUCGUGGUUGACGGCAAGGAGACGUUGUACGGGACGCUUUCCGGUAGCAACAAAACUGUGCUUCACUCUUUCAAGGAAAACCUGCCCAAGAAACAUGGUCGUGGUGGCCAGUCAGCGAUGCGGUUCGCUCGGAUACGCAUGGAGAAGCGGCACCACUAUCUCCGGAAGGUGGCGGAGGGAGCAACGGCCGCCUUCCUAGCCGACGGCCAAGUGAACGUCCACGGCCUCGUGCUGGCCGGGCUGGCACACUUCAAGACAGAACUCAGCCGCUCUGACAUGUUUGACCCGCGGCUGCAGGAGAGGGUAUUGAAGGUAGUGGACGUGGGAUAUGGCGGCGAGAGCGGCUUCAACCAGGCCAUAGAGCUGGCAGCACCGGUCCUCUCUAACGUUACAUUCCUACACGAGAAACGACUCAUAGGUCGUUACUUUGACGAGAUAUCCCAGGAUACAGGUCGGUUCUGUUUUGGAGUAGAUGACACUUUGAGAGCACUGGAGAUGGGGGCUGUGAGCAUUCUUAUUGUGUGGGAAAACCUUGAUAUCACCAGAUAUCUGCUCAAAAACCACCAGACCGAUGGAACGGAGAUCCUGUGUCUCUCUGAUGACCAAAUGAAGGACCGUGAUUUAUUUCAAGACCAAGAGACCGGCGUCGAGUUGGAGCUUCAGGAAUCGAUGCCCCUGCUGGAGUGGUUCGCCAACAACUACAAGAACUUUGGAUCCACCCUCGAGAUUGUCACAGACAAGUCACAGGAGGGUGCACAGUUUGUCAAGGGAUUCGGAGGAAUUGGCGGCCUUCUAAGGUACAAGGUGGAGUUUGAGGCACUCCAGCCUGACAUCGCGAACGAGUUCGACCUUGAAGCGUAUAAUUAAGUCAAGGUUAAGGUCACAGCCCCGUGAUCACCCAUAUAUAGGAAACAUAGGAGCGAGGCAGACGGAAUAAGGGGAAUAGAGGACCAAAUAACAGACAAUGUCACACUGUGGACAGCCACAAAGUCCCCCUUCCCUCUGAGAACAUCGGCGUCAUGCCUACAGCGAAUUUCAUGGCUCCGCCGGUGACAUGCUCAUCAGUCGAGAAAUAUUCCAUGCCAUUGCCUUCUUUAUAAGGUCAUUUCGUGGAUCUGAAACAUGCCGUACACUUAAAUAAUAGAACCAAUAUGUACAUAUCAUAGUAGAUGUAUUUGCUCCUUUAAGCGGGGAAGGUGUUUGCCAAAUUGAUUUCUGGCUAAAUGGAAGUACCACAACAUAAUUUCAAGAAACGAUCCUUUAAAUUAGCCUGAUGAGUAUCUUUAAUUCAUCCUGGUGUUUUCACUAAAAGCCUGCGAUCCUCUCCGCGGGCGGAACGGGGGUCGUUCAAAGGUCAUGACUGUUGUGAUGAGGCGUUCUUGAAUUACGCCUUUAAAAUGUUUAUUCUUUUGCUUUUCUGCUUUUCAAAUAAAAAAGGUCUAAGUUGUUGCCGCCGACGGAUGAGUAGGUCGAACAUUUUGGGAUAUUUUUAAACUUUAAAAUCGUUUCAAACAUUUACAUGAAACGUAACGGUAGACAUUUGUUUCAAAAUCCAUACAACAUGACUUGUACGUAAAUCAAAAUCCAUAAUAUUUGCUAAUAUAAUUUUUGUCAGUUAUGUCCCUUGGUCAAAUGAGAAAAAAAACAGACCAGGGUUAAAAUCAGUAUUUCUUGUUUAGCGUCAUAUGCUGCCAUUCAGAACUCCUCGGUCAUUUUCCAUUCGAAAACAACUUCGGAUGUAUAUUGACGGUUUCCAAUUUCAGAAAACUUUAUAUUAAACUACGCUGCAAGUAGAUCUCGUAGUAAUUUUAAUUUUGUAGAUAAACUUAAAUCUUGGUAAUCUUAAUUAUGUAUGCAAUAAUACACUUCUAUGGCAAUAAAUUUAAACUUAGAUAUACAAAAUACACGUUGAAACACUCAAAUUAAUUAAUAACAUUUUCAAAAUUUUACGAACUCCGAUGUACCGGCAUACACCCGACGUUGUUUUAGAUAGAAAAUGGCCGAUGAGUACCGAAUGACUUGCUGCAUGUAAGUAUAGGUAGUUUUCUUUGACUGCUGUUUCCUUUUUGUUCAUGAUGAACAAAUUGCACAAUUGUUAUAUAGUGUGUGUUUUUCUCUAUUGUUAACAUAAUUUAUUCUGUGUUCAUUCAAAUACCUUCUGUUUUGUUUCGCUAAGGUAUUUAACACAUUGAUCACCUUGUAUAUUCAUAUAUAACCAUUUGACAAUAGUUUAUAUUCAUUCUAUCUAUAUAUAUAUGCAUGUUUAUUCACCAAAUACCUUUGUAUGUGUUUCGUCUGUUAUAUAUGUAUUUUCCUAUCUUCAUUAUUGGAGGCAAUAAAAUAUUGA